UCGAAGCUUGGCUCGCAAGAUCCUUGCUCUCUCCAUCUCAGCACUCGCGCCGGGGCACUUCAACACCAAACAUGCUGGCUGAAACCAAGUCUCGAAACAGGCAUAUCUAACGAGCUACAUGUCGGUACGACAAUGGUCGGUGUACCAGGGCUCAGCAAAGGCUGUCAUACCUGCAAGAAGCGGAGGAUUAAAUGCGACGAGAGCAAACCCAUCUGCCAACGAUGUCAGAAGUCUGGGUACCUCUGCACCGGCUACGGCCACCCGCUCCACUUCGUCCAUGCAUCGACUGCACCCUUUCCUUCAAUGGAGGAUGUUGUCACUACCCCCAAAAGGCUACAGGAAUCGACGUCAACUAUGCCAGCCACUGUUGUACCUCGGAUGCGGACCCCAGCACCCAACGAGCUCAGCUUCGUAGCAUUCAAAGGCGAUUUCUGCGUCUCCUUCCUCUUCGACAACUUCGUAUGGCGAACCUACGGCACUCCGUGGCUGCAGAUGGCAGCGGCUGGUAAGCUGAACCCGCUGGCGCUUGAGGCCUGUCAAGCGCUUUCAUGGACCCACUUUGGCGUCACGCAUCACCAGCGAGACAUUCUGGUGGAGGGAUCGGUAAGAUAUGGGAAGACGCUCAAGGGGCUGAUUCCUGGACUUUCGGAUCCGAUGAGACCUGGCGUGGAGGCUUUGAUUGUACCGGUGAUGAUUAUGUUGAUGCAUGCGUCAUUUCAAGAGGAUCGAGCGGCGUCUAUUGCUCAUUUGAAAGGUUUGGCAACGCUGCUACAUGUGUGUGGACCUAAGAAGUUCCAGCGGGAACCUCUGAGAAGUGCCUUUGAGUCGUGUCGAGCGACGCUGGUUACCACCGCACUCAUCGCGCGACAACGUACCUUCCUGGAGCAAGAAGGAUGGUGCUCGAUACCAUGGGCUCUAGAUGCCGCGUCAAAGAGUCAACAGAACCACCUAGUAGAUAUACUAGUCACUGUCCCAGGCUUCCUCGAGGAUGACGCUAAACUGCGACACAUCGAGGAUCCUGAAGUGAAGCAAAGCCUGCUAGACAGAGUCAGAACCCAACUAGCGAAUCUUUACAGCUGGCGAUGGGCAUGGGACGCUGCGAACACAGGCGCAGUCUGGGAGGUGUGCCCAUCUCCGUCGCCCGCAAUUGCUCCUCGAGCAGUAGACAAAACUCUUCAUUUCUCCAGCCACGUCCUCGCUAGCGAGAUCUCUCUCUAUAACGCCGUACUCAUGUGGCUCCUCGGGCUUCUCUGGCGCCUUGAUCCGUUCGCCUCGUUUCCCCUCAGUCCAGUUUCAGAAACUCGCCCUCGGGGACCGAUUCUCCUGCCACAUCAGGUGCAUAGUCUCCGCGACCCAGCCAUCGAGAUCUGCCUCACGUUUGAGUUCCAGAUGCGCGAUGCCAGCCACAGCCGCGACAGUGCGCUCUUUUUCCUUUUCCCGCUCGGACAGGCAUGGACGGCGCUGGAAUCAGAGGCGGCAUUCCGCGACUGGAUUCGUAGCAUGCUGGACAAGUCGACAGUGACUCGAGGCUACGCAAUCGGGCGGAACGCGUGGUUCGGCAACUACUACAUCCCAAAGGUGUUCCAAUGAUGCUCAACCAACAGCACGACAGUCGUCUGUCGUCGCCAGUGCUGGAGCUGGGACCACUUGGCCGAAGCUUGACCGCGGCGCACGAGCCUUGAAGCUA